AUGUUUUUAACCAGAUCCGAAUACGACAGAGGUGUGUCUACUUUCUCGCCUGAGGGCCGUCUCUUCCAAGUUGAAUACUCGCUCGAAGCCAUCAAAUUGGGCUCCACCGCCAUUGGAAUCCUGACGUCCGAGGGAGUGAUUUUGGGAGUAGAGAAACGAGUAACCUCUCCUCUUUUGGAGCUGUCUUCCAUUGAGAAGAUCGUCGAAAUUGACAGACACAUCGGAUGCGCCAUGUCUGGUUUAACCGCAGAUGCCCGUUCCAUGAUUGACCAUGCGCGUGUUUCGUCGUUAACCCACAACCUCUACUAUGACGAGGAAAUGCAGGUGGAGAGCUUGACCCAGUCCGUUUGUGACUUGGCGUUGAGAUUCGGCGAGGGUGCUUCUGGAGAGAAGAGAUUGAUGUCCAGACCAUUUGGUGUGGCGCUUUUGAUUGCGGGAAUCGAUGAAAAGGGCCCACAGUUGUAUCACGCUGAACCUUCGGGAACUUUCUACAGAUACGACGCUAAAGCCAUUGGUUCAGGCUCUGAGGGCGCUCAGACCGAGUUGCAGAACGAGUAUCACAAGUCUUUAACCUUGAAGGAGGCGGAGCUUUUGGCAUUGAAGAUCUUGAAGCAGGUAAUGGAAGAGAAGUUGGACUGCAAGAAUGCCCAGUUGGCAUCCGUCACCAAGGACGGCGGCUUCCAGGUUUACAAGGACGACAAAACCGAUGCUCUCAUAAAAGAGCUUAACGAAUCCACCCCUGAUGACACGCAAAUUUGA